CUCUCUCUCUCUCGCCUCGCCCCCCGACUUACCUGAAGACCGCAGUCGCGGCUGAGAGGCUGUUGUUGUUCUCCGUCAUCGACGUGUUGUUGGUGUUAGAAGACAGAUGGCGUCGAGGCAGAUGGAGGUGAUCCAGAGGAAGCUGGAGAUGCUCAAUUACCCUCGAUCCAACGCCCCCGCUCAAUCCCUCCUCUUCGCCGGGGUCGAGCGAUACGCCCUCCUCGAAUGGCUCUUCUUCAGGCUUUUAGGUGAUAGGUCGCCGUUCACUCAACAGAACUGGCAAGGAGAUAGCAUGGAUCGGGAUGAGGAAAAUACUCGAAUUCAACACUUGGCUGAGAUAGCAAGCUUCUUGGGCAUUACAUCUUCAGUUGACACUGAAGCAAUCCAAGGAAAAGGUAGCUAUGAGGAACGUGUUGAAUUGCUCCAUUUAUUCGUAGAUCUUGUUGAAGCAAGCCAAUAUGCUGAUAAUCCAGAAUGGAGUGUCGAUGAGCAAUUAGCAAAAGAUGUGCAGUUGGUAGAUUCAAUUGCAGAAAGACAAGCUCAAAUAUUCUCAGAAGAGUUGAAACUUUUUCCAGCAGAUGUGCAGAUUCAGUCUGUUUACCCCUUGCCAGAUAUAUCUGAACUGGAGCUAAAGCUCUCUGAGCAUUCAAAGAAACUGACAAAUUUGCAACAGAUGGUCCAGGAGUUAGCAUCUAAGUAUGAUUACAAUCCUAAUGAAGACUAUACAGAGGUAGAGUUAAAGCUGAGGUCACAUUUGGAGUCUUUCCUCGAAACUGUGAAGUAUUUCAAUUUAAUUUAUACGAAGGAAAUCCGUCCUUGGACCCACAUGAUGGAGGUGCCACAAUUGCAUGGGUUUGGCCCUGCUGCUAACCGUCUAUUAGAGGCUUAUAAUACGCUUCUGAAGUUUUUGGGAAACUUGCGAAGCGUACGAGAUUCAUAUGCAGCUAUGUCUGUUGGAUCACUAUCGACGACAACCGAUGAGCCAUCCUCUAUCACGAAAAUAAUUCUGGAUUGUGAAUCUGCUCUGACAUUUCUAAACCGCAGCCUCUCCAUCCUUUCUACUUCUGUGGCUAGGGAGCAAGGAAAGACCCCAUGAGUUUGUAAACAGUUAGUAUGUACAGAUGUCACGGCAAAUUCAAUUUUCUUUCCCUGCAACUGCGUGUGUUCUUUCAUGUUGAGAGAAAUGCCAGCGAAAAUUAGUGACAUGGGAACAACAUGAGUUCAGUCUUCUUGACUUUGCCAAAACCUCAGACUCCAUAUGUUAGCAGUGGAAAUAUAUAGCAUGGUAUGUUAGUUAUC